AUGAGGACUACAGCUAGCAGUAUUUGCUACCAUCAGCUGAAGCUCUCACAGUCGAUCGAUUUCUCCAAGCAACAAAUACCGUCUAAUAUACUCGUACGGAGUACUAACGACGUUUAUGCUACGGCCCCUGCCGUCUCCACAAUGAGCCAUGCAGACGGUUCCAAAAAUGGAAAGAUCCCAUUCCAACACAACCGCAAUUCAGAACCCGAAUACAUUGGCGAUAUAAAGGGUUGUCAGUGCGACGGAGACGAUGAAGACAAGACGAUCUACAGAUUACAGAUCCUAGCUUUGGCGAGACUAAAGAUGGUGGUGAAGAUCAGCUGA